AUGGCUGAAAGCAUAUUUGGCAACAAGAAGCUCAUGGCGCUGGGAGGACUCGUCCGAGACAGAUACGAUGCCACGAACCUCCAAAACGUGAUAGAGGACAUCGUCCUUGAGCGUUUGCCAGAGGAAGGACAGGCCAAAGAAUGUCUUCAGUUGGCGAGUCCGGAGGAUCUUUGCAAGACUGUCGUACUAGCCAAGAAGGAUCACAAGCUGGACGGGCCGCAUCUAUUUCGUUCUUAUGCCACGGUUGAGAAUGAUCGCCACCCCCACAAUCCGGGACCAGCAGAUACUUGUCUAAUAUGGGAAGCCGGCCGAGCAACGUCUGCGGCGCCAAACUACUUCGAGCCCAUCAAGAUUGGCGGCCACACGUAUUAUGAUGGCGGUGUCGGCUACAAUGACCCUACUGAAGAAGUUUAUAGAGACGUUCUUAUGCGUAUUGGCUGCGAUUCCCGAGACCAAAUGCCAAUCGCCCUGAUCCUCACAUUAGGAACCGGAACUGAGCCAACCUUGAAACAAAAGGCCAAAGGGCUUGUGGGCACCGGGAAAGCCCUCAUAAAAGAACAGAGAGUAGUCGAACGCCUAAUUAAGAUAUACAGACGUGUGGUGAAAGAGGGGGCGAUCAACGCAAUGGGCGUAGCCAAAAGGAUGAGAGAACGCGCGGAAAGGCGAGGGUUCAAGUACUUCAAGUGGGAUGGCGGGGAGGAAGUCGGCGCCUUGGGACUGGAUAACUGCAAGCGAGAGGCCUUUACCAAGAUGGAGAGUGGCAUCAGCAAGUACAUGGAACACAAGAGCGGCGAGAUCAGAGAGGCAGCCGAGUUUCUUGUGCAGAAGCGAAGGGCACGCUUCGAGGACCAGGACAGAUGGCAGAGGUUCGCGUACUGCACGCUCUUCGACUGUCCUCUCAGGAUAUGCAAGCUCUCCUUUGGGACCAGGGCGGAGCUGAGGCACCACAUCGAGGCAAACCAUCGUGAUGUGUUUCGCGACCCCGGCUUAGUGGCUGACGAAGAACAACCAGUGAUGCCGGACUUGAGGGGCCCAUUUGGACAUAACCUAGGAAGACAAGACGCAGCUUGA